AUGCUAAAUUUUAUUAGGUCUAGAACUCAAGCAAGGACAACCAGACCUACAACAAUGGGAAGUAUGGAUUAUGCAGACCCAAAAAGGAAGGGCAAUUUGGUUGGAAAAGUUUUUCUCACUGCUGCAUUAACGACAAUAUGUAUUAUCAUGAUCAAGCGAUCUCCAUCUUUGAAUUCCCCCAAUCCGUUUGCCGUCCACGAACCUGGGAUCACUCAUGUUUUAGUAACAGGUGGAGCAGGCUUUAUUGGCUCACAUGCUACUCUUCGACUUCUGAAAGAUAACUAUCGUGUCACCAUAGUAGACAAUCUGUCACGUGGAAAUUUGGGUGCUGUCAGGGUUCUUCAAGACUUAUUUCCAGAACCAGGAAGGCUUCAAUUUAUAUACGCUGACUUGGGAGACGCAAAAUCGGUUAAUAAAAUAUUUUUGGAGAACAAAUUCGAUGCUGUCAUGCACUUUGCUGCUGUUGCAUACGUAGGGGAAAGCACUGUGGAUCCUCUUAAGUAUUAUCACAAUAUAACUUCAAAUACCUUGUUGGUAUUGGAAUCUAUGGCUAAACAUGGUGUGAAGACAUUGAUAUAUUCUAGUACUUGUGCAACAUAUGGGGAACCCGAAAAGAUGCCCAUCACAGAAGUAACACCGCAGGUCCCAAUUAAUCCAUAUGGGAAAGCCAAGAAGAUGGCGGAGGAUAUCAUUCUUGAUUUUUCUAAAAAUUCAGACAUGGCAAUAAUGAUUCUCAGAUACUUCAAUGUGAUUGGAUCGGACCCUGAAGGAAGAUUGGGCGAGGCUCCAAGACCUGAACUGCGAGAGCAAGGUCGAAUAUCCGGUGCCUGCUUUGAUGCAGCACGUGGUAUUAUUCCUGGCUUAAAGGUUAGAGGAACAGACUAUAAGACGGCCGAUGGAACUUGCAUACGAGAUUAUAUCGAUGUAACAGACCUGGUUGAUGCUCAUGUGAAAGCUCUCGCAAAGGCACAACCUGCUAAAGUUGGUAUCUACAAUGUCGGCACUGGAAAAGGUAGUUCAGUGAAGGAGUUUGUGGAAGCUUGCAAAAAGGCUACAGGAGUGAACAUUAAAGUAGAAUACCUCCCUCGUCGUCCCGGUGAUUACGCCGAAGUGUAUAGUAACCCAACAAAGAUCAACCGUGAACUGAAAUGGUCUGCACAACGCACUGAUCUUGAAGAGAGUUUACGAACUGCAUGGAGAUGGCAGAAAUCUCAUCACAACGGAUACGGGAUUCCAAAUGUAUAUUGA